AUGACUACGAUUCAAAAAACGCGAGAUCCCGUUGCAUGCGAAUUCCCCUUUGUCCGAAGAGCAUUUUUCUCGGAAACGUAUCACGACGUGCGCAAGUCAAAUCGUGCGUGCAUGAGUAAAUACGGCAUUGGCAGGGAACGAAUAGUAAGUUCGUUCAAGGAUGCGUACCGUUUCAUUUCAGGAUCAACGUCGUAUUCCCUGGAAAAUGAUGAAAUGAAUAUUCGUUACGAGAUUUCCAAGAAUGGCCCUGUGGAAGGAGCGUUUUCCGUCUACGAAGAUUUCAUCAAUUAUAAAUCUGGUGUAUAUCAGCAUGUGCACGGAAAGUUUCUUGGAGGACACGCCAUCAGGAUUCUCGGAUUCGGCGAAGAAAACGGCGUGAAGUAUUGGCUUGUGGCAAACUCUUGGAAUGAUGACUGGGGUGACAAGGGUUAUUUCAAGAUUCUCCGUGGAAAGAACCAUCUUGGCAUUGAAGCCCAGCUUUUCAUCAUGUCCGUGGUUACUUUCAGAAUGCGCUGGAAUCAGUUGGCUCUGCUAACGAAGGUGCCUUCAUGGCUUCUUGCCUGUCCAAAAUGCACGUCGACCUCUUCAACUGCGUACAGUUUUAUGAAAGGAAACGGUGACGGAUUUAAAAAGAAUGAAGGCGGCAUUGUGGUGUCUUCCACCAUGUUUCAAAGCGGAUCCGGUAUCGAUGAGUUACCCAUUGCUUGUCAGAAGUCUUCGGGAUGCGAAGAACCUUCUGCCAAGUUCAAGUCCGUGCGGAAGGUCUCUGCGAAGUCUGAAGAAGACAUUGCGGAAUUCAUCGCCGGGUUUCAGCGAUGCUCAAUGAUUCGAGACUUGCUUAAACUUCUUGCUUUUGUUCCUGCGGAGGACGUAACCCCUGUGGUUGCCGUGGAAGUUCUGAAAAAGCUAAUUACUUUGGAGAAUAAUACUCAGUUCCGCAACGAAGGUUAUUCGGACAAAUUGAACGCUCAUCAGCCAGAAAAUUUCACGCGCAGUGCUGUAGUGAGCUCUCUGGUCGACGUUAUUUGCAAUGCCACUGAUUCAGGCUUGAUUAUAUCUGCUCUGGAAACUUUUCACAAGGACUACUGUGCCAAUCCUGCGAUUAACGCGGAGCAUCUCGUUCGUCUUAGUACGGAGUUGAUGCAUAGAGCGAUCAACUGCAACUUGCGUUUUGAAGAUGCGGCUCGUCUAGUUCUGCAUUUCCAUCUAUUAAAUGACGAGUGGGCGUCAAGCUUGGCGGAAAAACUGUGGCUGUGUAUGUUGGACAAGUCACAUGAAAUUGACAGUGGUGAUAAACUCGCCUUGCUUUAUAAGGUUCUGCCAGCAGUGAAACAAUCGAGAAAUGCGCUUUUCCGAGUUGCCCAAGAAAAAACCCGAAUUCUUUUGAGCAAUCUCACUCCGCAUGACGUCGUUGAGAUUAUGGACAGCUUAAAUGCCAUCAAAGGCUUCCCAGUACAACUGAUGCAUAUGAUUGCGAGAUGGUUAGAAUUGAACCUGCAUGUAGUUUCUGAACAGCAGCUGGUGAAAAUUAUUAGUGGCUUCUCUGUGUCAAAGCUCUGCGAUGAUACUGUGAAGAAAUCGUUGAUCAAGUAUAUGAAGACUCGAGACAUUGAGAAAGUUGACUCAGACCUAGUGUCAGCUGCAGCGAAGUACUGCAAGAAGUUCCAGUUCCGUUCACCUGAACUGCUUAAUUUUCUCGGAGGUUAUUUCGUCAGCAAGGCCGAUGAAAUUCCUCCUGAAAUGAUAAAGGGAAUUCUUGAGCUCUUCGGGCAUUUGAGGUACGAACCCGGAAACGCGUUUGAGGUUUUCGAAGCCGUCGAGAAAGUUUUGAUGGACAGAUUCGUUCAGUUCAAGCCAGGUGAUGUCCUAGACGUGCUUCUGUCGUGCAUAUAUCUCGAAAGGUACCCCUUGAACUUCGUGAGGAAAGUUUUCAACCCGUACUUUUUCGACCGCGUGCAUUUGAUGGCCUCUCACGCUGACAUACUCGCAGCGAGGAAUAUGUUGAAGUUAAUCGACACUGCAUUGUGCCUUGAAUGUCCGCAAUACUCUGGACCGAUGUUACCGCAGGACUGCUCUUCAAGAUCAACAUUUAUCGACGGGAGGUUGACGAGAAUAUCCCCGUACAUCUCCCUCCCACUGACCGUGGUGGCACAAAAGUUGUUCGGAGUUUCUUGUUCUGUUGAACCUUCAUUUUACGUACCCUCGUUGCCGAAGUUGGGAUUGUAUAGAAUAGAUUUUCUCGUUAGACGCGUAUCGGGUGAAGCAAUUGCCAUUCUGAUACACUUGCCAGAAGACUUCGUGCGUGACAAGUCUACUUUAAUUGGACCACAGCACAUGAGACACAGGCAUUUGAGCAAAGUCGGAUUCAAGACGAUCGUUUGGGAACUCGACGCUCUGCAGAAACGUGUGCGGGACGAAAAAGAAUUGAAAGAAAACCAACUUCGCGUGGAAAUGGGUAGAAAGUUUAAGAAAGAUGAAAAAGCUAAAAAACGUCCGCGGUCCGAAGUGUUCGAGGCGGAUGAGGACGAUUCUCAAGGAGGUGAAGAUACGGCGGGUUUUGUCCCAAAGGCUGCUAGUAGGAACGCUGAGAAGGAUGACGAAUCUCCGGAAGACGUUUACGGAGCGAAGGAUUAUCGGAAGCUGCUUGAACUUAAAAUCGAUUACGACCAGCGUCCCUUGUGGGUCUCUCCCAAUGGACACAUCUUUCUGGAGUCGUUCAGCCCGGUUUACAAACAGGCGCAUGAUUUCCUAAUAGCGAUUGCUGAACCUGUUUGCCGACCCGAGUUCAUUCAUGAGUACAAGCUUUCUGCUUAUUCGUUGUAUGCUGCUGUGUCUGUCGGACUUCACACGGAAAGCAUCACUGAAUGCUUGAGUAAAUUGAGCAAGACGUCGAUUCCGCCUGGUAUCGUGAGAUUCAUCCACGACUGCACCGUUUCUUACGGGAAGGUGAAACUUGUUCUGAGACAGAACAGCUUUUAUGUCGAAUCGCAAUUCAAAGAUAUUCUCGCAAAAUUGGCGAAAGAUCCGGAAGUUCGAAGUUGUCUCAUCAUGGACAAGAAAGAGCCGGCUUCUGAGCCAGUCAUGACCACUGUGAUACCGUCGUUUCCAAGUGUGAACGAAGCUGGGGUUUCUACCGAGAAUCAGAACGGAAACACGAACGUCGGAGAUGUCGAUGCUGAAAAGGCUGCCGCUCAAGCAAAAGUCCCAGAAGAUAUUGCCUCCUUCUAUGAGAAAAUCGACGAAGUCGACGAACUUAAUUCUUUGAAAAAUUCCGAAAACUUGCUGACGUACGAAGUAAACCAGGAGAAAAUAGAGAUCUUGCAGAAGCGUUGCAUUGAGCUGGAUCACCCCUUGCUCGCCGAAUACGAUUUUCGAAACGACACACAUAAUCCCGACAUCAACAUCGACCUCAGGCCGAACGCACUUCUUCGACCUUAUCAAGAGAAAAGUCUGCGUAAAAUGUUUGGAAAUGGACGUGCUAGAUCAGGCGUUAUCGUUCUUCCUUGUGGUGCUGGUAAAAGUUUGACCGGCGUUACUGCCGUAUGUACUGUGCGGAAACGCGCGUUGGUGCUCUGCAAUUCCGGCGUGUCAGUGGAGCAAUGGAAACAGCAGUUCAAGCUUUGGUCCACCGCCGACGACAGCAUGAUUUGCAGGUUCACAUCUGAAGCCAAAGAUCGACCGCAGGGUAGUUCUAUCUUGAUUACUACGUACUCCAUGAUCACGCAUCAACAACGGAGAUCUUGGGAAGCAGAGAAAACUAUGGAUUGGCUGAAACAGCAGGAAUGGGGAAUCAUGCUGUUGGAUGAGGUGCACUCGAUUCCCGCAAAAAUGUUCCGAAGAGUUCUGACGAUUGUAAGAGCCCAUUCAAAGCUUGGAUUGACAGCUACGCUUGUUCGUGAAGAUGACAAAAUUGCCGAUUUGAACUUCUUGAUUGGUCCGAAGCUUUACGAAGCCAACUGGCUGGAGCUACAGAAAGGCGGGUAUAUUGCACGUGUGCAAUGCGCCGAAGUUUGGUGUCCGAUGUCAGCCGAGUUUUACCGUGAAUAUCUUUCGGCGGCCAUCAAUCGGAAAAUGCUUUUGUACGUGAUGAAUCCAGAGAAGUUUCGAGCUUGUCAGUUUCUCAUACGUUAUCACGAAAAGCGACAGGACAAGAUCAUCGUUUUCUCGGACAACGUAUUCGCACUCAAGCAUUAUGCGAUUGCGAUGAACAAACCGUUCAUUUAUGGACCGACCGGGCAAAGCGAACGAUUACAAAUUUUGCAGAAUUUUAAACUGAAUCCGAAGGUAAACACAAUUUUUGUGUCGAAAGUAGCCGACACGUCUUUCGAUUUGCCCGAAGCAAACGUCCUCAUUCAAAUUUCCGCUCAUGGUGGAUCCCGUCGGCAAGAGGCUCAGCGAUUGGGCAGAAUUCUUAGGGCAAAGAAAAACGCCUUCGAAGAAGAAUUCAAUGCUUUUUUCUACACCUUGGUUUCUCAAGAUACGUUGGAAAUGGCUUACUCGAGGAAACGUCAGCGGUUUCUCGUGAAUCAAGGUUACGCCUACAAGGUGAUCACGAAGUUGCAGGGGAUGGAAAAUGAAGAUCUGAUGUAUGGAACGUCCGAAGAAUGCUUGCAGCUAUUGCAGCAAACCCUGAGCGCUAACGAUGUCGAUGAUGAAGAAGGCUUGAUGGGAGAUCCCGAUGGUCCUCGAGGAGCUAUGUGGAAGCGAGGGAACAUGAGCAGUAUGUCCGGAGCCGAUGAUGCCUUGUACAUGGAGUACAAGCGAGCGGCUGCGAGAGAACAGCGUCAUCCUCUAUUCAAGAAAUUCCGGCGAUAGGAGUUCAUUGUGAUGGUCUGAAGUAAAUGAAGGUUAUUCUGUGAUUUUGAAAAUUU